ACAGAAGAGAAUAUCAGGGUGACCAGAAUCACUGAGAACACACAUAGAUCAAGAUGGCCAAACAAAUGAGCAUGACAAUUCUUCUUGUUGUUGUUCUAACUGCAGUAGCAGCAGUGGUAAAGGUAACAGAAGCCGCUACUUAUGUGGUAGGAGAUAGCAGCGGUUGGAUCGUUCCUAUGAACAAUCCAGCCUUUUACACAACCUGGACUUCAGGGAAAAGUUUUUCCGUUGGUGAUGUUCUAGUGUUCAACUUCAUGAGUAAUGUACACGACGUUGCCACAGUAAGCAGAGCCGAUUAUGAUGCCUGCGCCGUCGACAAUACUCUAACCCGUGAAACCACAGGACCAUAUAACUACACCAUCAAUUCCACUGGCACCCACUACAUCAUCUGCACCGUCGCAAAUGGUGGUCACUGUUUGGGUGGACAAAAGUUGAGCAUUAGCGUCGGGAACUCCACAAGCGGCACUUCACCGGCAUCAUCUCCUACAGGAUCCCCUACUCCUUCUGGAUCCCCUACUUCUCCUACUCCUACUGGAUCCCCUACUUCACCUUCUGGAUCCCCUACUUCACCUUCUGAUUCACCGUCAUCAACAGAAACACCAGCCGGCAGCUCAUCAGCCUCAUCUCUUGCAGCUACUUUACCUCUUGUUUUCAUGACCAUUGCCUUGGCUUUCUUUUAUUAGUUUUACGUUAGUUUAAUUUCUGGCUUGUGUCUCAUGUAUUAAUUAAACUCAGCUUUAUUGUUGUGUGGCUGUUGAUAGACCAUUAGUUUGAUGACAUUUGAGCUGUAUUUGAAUA